UCUGGAGCGUCACUUCCGGUCUCACCUGUUGGGCAGGUAUCAAAGACUCAAACAUGGAGGACAGACACACACCAGCGACAUAAACCUGCUCAUAUUCACUCAUAAUCAUCAUAUAUGUUCUGUUCUCUGUCAUGGAUGUGAACAGAAGCCUGUCUAAAGGAGUUUUAUCGUGUGUUUUCGUCGGUUUCGUGCUGUGGAGGAGCGUGUGUUGUAUCUCAGUAGCGGCUCCAGCAGAGGUCAGCGUGGUCAGAGGAGGCACUGUGACCCUGACCUGCUCCUUCACCUCCUCCAGUUCCAUCACCAGCCAUAUGUCCAUCGACUGGACCUUCAGACCCGACAGCGGCGGUCCUGCCAAAACCAUCUUUCACUUCUCGUCUCAAGCGUACCUGCCGGAGGAUGAUUAUUUUAAGGGUCGUGUGAAGUGGGCCGGCAGCCCGUCGCGGGGCGAAGCGUCGAUCCAGCUGCUGAACGCCUCACUCACUGAUAACGGCACGUACACCUGCGCCGUACGCAACCCUCCCGAUGUCCACGGACACCCGGCCCAGACCGUCCUCACCGUCACACCACAGAGGCUGUCGGUGACGUUCACGGAUGUCGGCGUGUUGCUGGUGUUUGUUCUGGUGCCGUCAGGAAUCGUCACGCUGGUGCUGCUGGGACGAAUCCUGUGUCCGUGCCGGUCCGUGUCCGAGAAGAGUCCCGCCGCGGCCCAUCACUCGCCCAUCGAGGAGGUCACUGGAGAUGAGUAUUUCUACGGCCAGACGCAGCCGAAGCGCAGCCUGUGCUGCUGCUACUUUAAGGAUUUUGAAUAUGAGGACGACUACAUGAUGGAAGAAAAACCGCAUGAACACACCUUCAUCGAGGCAGAGUGUUAGACGAAUAACUCCUGAGUGUGUGUGUGUGUGAUAGAGAGAGAGAGUGUGUGUGUGUGUGUGUGUGAGAGAGAGUGUGAGUGUGUAUGAGAGAGAGAGAGAGAGAGUGUAUGUGUGUGUGUGUGUGUGUGAGAG